AUGCUUGUGGGAGACUUUAAUGAACUGUUUUCCUUCUCUGAUAAGAUUGGUGGCUCCAAGCACUAUAGGUUUGGGGGCAUGCAAGAUUGGGUCUGUAGGAAUGGUUUGGUUGACAUGGGUUACCAAGGUGUUGACUUCAUAUGGACAAAUAAUACAGUGAAUGAGAGACUUGAUAGAUGCUUCUGCAACAGUGAUUGGAGAAUCUUUUUUGCUGAUGCUUGUGUUGUUCAUCUAGCUAGAAUGAAGUCUUAUCACUGCCCUUUACUGGUCAAAUUGUGCCCUGAUGCUAGACGUGUAAGGAAAAACCCCCCUUUUAGAUUCCAAGCUAUGUGGAUGCAACAUGACAACUAUGAUGAGUUGGUUUCUAGAACAUGGAACUUGUGCUCUGGUGAUCUUAUCAACAAGACCACUACUUUGGCUAAUUCUCUUAAUGAUUGGAAUAGAGAGGUGUUUGGCAAUAUCUUCAAACAAAAGAGGACUCUUUUAGCUAGAAUCUGUGGUAUCCAAAGGAGUUUGGGUAGAAAGGACAACCCCUUUCUGCAAGAUCUGGAGAAAGAGCUGAUUACCAAAUAUGAAAAGAUUAGAGAUGUUGAGGCUCUCUUUUGGAAGCAAAAAUCAAGGGAUAAAUGGUUAAGUGAUGGUGACAGAAAUACAAUUUUUUUCCAUCUAACUACUGUGAUGAGAAGAAGAAGAAACAAGAUUGAUGGUCUCUUUGAUUUUAAUGGUGUUUGGACAGAUGAUCCAGCUGCCAUGAAGCAAAUAGCUGUGGAGUUUUUCUCGAAUCUCUUUUCUGCUGAAAUUAGAUAG